GCAAGAGGCGGAAGUCCAAAUUGUCGCCUGGGUUCUGAAGCUUCUGUGAAGCACCGACGCUUUCAGUUACACGCGAGCGAGUGCGCGAGCUGUGGAGGUGGUGCUGGCUGCGUUCUCCUGAAUACAGGUCAUAAGUUUGAAGUUCUCGAUCCCUCACACACACACACACACACACACACACACCCUGACAGCCUGACCACUAUGAGCAGCAAUUACAGCGUGUCCCUGAACGGACCCUCGCCCUGGGGCUUCCGACUGCAGGGGGGCAAAGACUUUAGCAUGCCUCUCACCAUCUCCAAAUUGACCGAUGGAGGAAAAGCCGCCAUGGCGAGGAUCAGCGUCGGAGAUGUCGUGCUGUCCAUCGACGGCAUCGCCACAGACACCAUGACUCACCUGGAGGCUCAGAACAAGAUCAAAGCCUGCACGGGCAACUUGAGCCUCACCCUGCAGAGAGCAUCCAGUGUUCCCAAAGGCAAAGUUCUCAAGGAAGAAUCACCAGAGAUAAUUAAACCUGUGCCCAUCAGCCACCCACCAGCUCCUGCCACUACUGCCAUCCCCGACAAACCUCCCCCAAGUAGUGCCUACAACAAGACGGCCCGUCCAUUUGGAUCGUCCACCAAUUUUAGAACAGUCAGCCCAUCCUCCACUCCUGCUGCACCCAAAGCCUCCAUCCCUUCUGCCUCCUCAGCUUUUACCCCUGCUGCUCCUUCCCAACAACCUCCACCACAACCCACACAAGGCCCACAACCUCCCUUCCCACUGGCGAGCAGCUCCACCUCUCGCACAGUCUCCUCACUUAACCCUGCCAACAAACCUGGCUCUGCUUAUUCCCCCUUCUCUCACUCAUCCUCCUCUUCCUCGUCCUCUGGCUCAUCUUCACCAGCCAGAGUGACGGCCCCAGCUCCCUCAUCUGCUCCUGUUGUCCCACCGUCUUCAGUCUAUAACACGCCAAUCAACCUGUACUCCAAUGACAACGCAUGUGAGGUGGCUAUGGGUCAAAGGCGUGGCCUACUGCAGCAACAGGGUGGAGUGGAGCAUCAGAAUGGUGGACCUCACAGUAUUCUUAAAAAGACUCCACCCAGAGUUCCCCGGAAGCCCAUCACAGAAACAGAGCUGGUGGUGAAUCACAUCCCUCACCUGAGCGACGCCAGUAAGAAGCGUCUGAUCGAGGACACCGAGGACUGGCGCCCACGCACCGGAACCUCUCAGUCCCGCUCCUUCCGCAUCCUAGCACAGAUGACUGGCACAGAGAACGAACAAGCCCAGGAGAACAAUCCCGGAAAGAACGAGGCUGUAGAGGACGUCCAUGCGAACACCCAUGCUACGUCCAUGGUUAAAACCAUGACCAAAGUGUCACGCACUGGGAAUGGAGUCUCUCCACCUACAACUGUGCCUGCCAAGAGCUGGCAGUCUGGAAAUACCGCAGGACUUCCUAAAGCAGGUGUGCCAGCUGUGCAUACAGGACGGGUGACUGGCGGCGUUCCAAAGGGUCCUGACCGGCCCACACCCCAACCUCACCCCAAAGAUCAGGAUUCGUUGGUGCAGCGAGCAGAACACAUCCCUGCUGGAACCCGUACUCCCAUGUGUGGUCACUGCAACAUGGUUAUCAGGGGUCCAUUCCUGGUGGCUAUGGGGAAGUCGUGGCACCCGGAGGAGUUUAACUGUGCUCACUGCCGCAACUCUCUGGCCGAGGUGGGCUUUGUUGAGGAGCGCGGUGCUGUUUACUGCGAGCACUGCUACGAGCAGUUCUUGGCCCCCACCUGCUGCCGCUGCCAGCAGAAGGUCCUUGGGGAAGUGAUCAAUGCCCUGAAGCAAACCUGGCAUGUGUAUUGCUUCCUGUGCACCUCCUGCCAGCAACCCAUUCGCAACAACACCUUCCACCUUGAGGAUGGACAGCCUUAUUGCGAGAGGGACUAUUACAGUCUUUUUGGUACCAGUUGCCAUGGUUGUGACUUCCCCAUCGAGGCAGGGGACAAAUUUCUGGAGGCUCUGGGCUACACCUGGCAUGAUACCUGCUUUGUGUGUUCGGUGUGCAACACCAGUCUAGAGGGUCAGACCUUCUUCUCCAAAAAAGACAAGCCACUGUGCAAGAAGCACGCACACACUGUCAAAAUCUGAUCGGCAAGAAAAGAGGACAAUGGGAGAAGAGGAUAAAUUUGUUGUUGAUGUUUUUUUCUCAAUAAGCUUUAAUGUUUAUUAAAAGAGAGUGAUUUUUAAGAUAUCGAUAAAGACGUUACUGGGAAAAGUGGUUAGUUCUUGAUACGCUGACCGUCGGAUUAAAUACCGUAUGUCACUAGUCUUUAAUGUUUUUGGUGUUUCCUGUGUGGAGUUUUAUGAAAUAAAGUAUUGAUGCGAAUCGUGAAGCUUUCAAAGACAGUAAUAUAUCCUUUUUUUUUUUUUUUUUUUUUUUUUAAGCUCUGUGCUUUAAAUAUUUCUCUCCUUCUCAAAGGACUUACUAAUGAGAGCCGGGUGUUUUUUUGCUUGUGCCAUUUUAAAUGUACUGUUCUCAUGGUGUGUCUUUACUUUUUUCUAUUUCUAAUACAUUUGUUAUAAUGAUUUGUAUUAAAAAAAAAAAAAAAACCUUGUCGACAUGACUGAGUGAGAUCAGAUUUUUUUUUUAAACUAAUUUACAAAGAGUUUUGUUCAUGUGUGCUGGACCUUUUCUCCCAGGCUUCAUUAAUAAAGGAUGUUUUAUCCGAGUGCCUCUUUGCAUGUAGGUGUUGCUUCAGAGCUCCUAGUUUGAUCAGCACUCCUCUCCCUGCUCCAUCUGGAACAUUCUCCCAGAUAUAUUUAUUGAUUCAUUUACAGGCUUCCUGAUGGCUUUGCAAAUAUUUCACAGGCUUCCGCCGACUGUCGAGAGGAAAAAUUGGUUUAACAUUUAACGGUGAUGUUUUAUGUCUGAUGCAUUUUCUAGCUGUGUGUUGAACCAGAACCUGAACUCCAGUGUACGCCGCAUGUCCGUGCGUUACUUCAGCUACAACGAGCACACUAAUUCUUAAGAUUUCUCUUUUAUGAGCGUUAACGUGCAGUCAGGUUUUAUGAUCUGCUUUUUUUUUUUAUUAUUUUUUUCAUUCUCCAGCCGUUAUGCAAAUGUUUGCUAUGAAACGGGGAAAAUAAACACUGUUCUUUACAAGCUUUCCGCCUCAAGCACUAGUAAAUAUUCAGACCAACUGUGUUACAGCUAAUAUUGUUAAAAAAUAAACGGUUUGUUUCUAUGGUGA